AGGCCCUGUAGAGCUGUAGAGCUAGAGCGUUAUUCACUGUCUUCACGGUUGUGUUAAUCGAGCAUGAAACGUAUGUAGUGUACGGCUUUGGUGUGUUCCCAAAGGUCCGUGGUCUGGGUUUUGAGUUUCAUAUACUGUUUUUGGUUGCAGAAUUAAUUGCUAUUAGUUACGAAUAAAAUCGGAAGGCUGGAAUGAGUGCAACUGAUAGCAGUAACCGCGGGAUCACAAAAUAACGAUCAGGCGAGAUUUCAUCUACUGAUGCUGUAUCUAAUUCAGGAAUCAUUUUCAUUUUAACAACAUACAUUUGGAAGCAAAUAUUGUUUGUGCCUGCUGUGAGGAAAAGAAGUUAAGCAUUGUGCUGUAAAAGUUCAAGUACUUUUUGAGCAUUUUGUUAAUGCUGAAGAAACAGUCAUAACUGUUUCAGUUGGUGUAAAUCGCGAGUAUGUCAGUAACCAGAGAUCAGAAUGUUGCAUCUAAUACCAGUUUAUUACUUGAUAUACCUCUCAAGAAAAGGAAAGGUUUAAGGUUUCAUGCAUCUUUGCCACCUUCAGCUGGCUCUAAUACAGAGCAGAAAAAGAAAACAGAUACAUAUAUAGUAACAUACCAUGAUGCAGACAUUUCACAUGCAACACCUGUUAAAAAAAGGAUUUGUGAAUCUUCUUCAGUAUGGGCUGAUGAUGGUAAUGUGGACACUAUAUGCAUAAAUCCUUAUUUAAACCAUGUAGGAAGUAAUGUCACAUCACAUGAAGGUGAAACAAGUCAUGUCUCAUUAGUACAAAAAGGAAAUGGUCAGAUGUCUAUAUCAGAUUUAAACACUGCAGACCACAACCAGAAAGCACAGGCCAAUUUCUCUUCUUCUCAGAAAUACUUUCGUAUCCUUGAUGAAUUGCGUGGCAUAGCUUCAGAUGUUGACAAGCCUCUGUGUGUCCUUGAUUUAACAAGGAAGGCAUCAGUUCCCGAAUAUUCAGAAAAGUCUGGAAACACAGAUGCAGAUAUGCAGUUUAGAUCGGGUGGAACAGGCCACAGCCUUGUGACACAAAAGGGAAAUUUUACAUUGCCUAUAUCAAAUUUAAAGGACAAGGCAGCACAUGCCAGUCAUUCUUCAGCAUCUUCUACAUACUUUCAGGUGUUUCCUGUAUCAAGUGAUGGCUUGACAGUAAACAAAGUGGUUUAUGAAUCUUCAGAAAUUUCUGGUAACAGAACCUCAGGCACGCAAAUUAAGUUUGAUCCUCCACCUUCUUCAGGAUCAUGGGAAGAUAGGUGUCUGUUUCAUAACAACUCACAUUCACAAAAAAGAUGUUCAUCAUCUUCAACACCAGUUGGGAUAUAUGAAAAGAGUUGCCUCCGAACUCCGGUUUUUGACAUCAGUCCAGUGGUUCAUCAGUUCAAAACUGGAUUCACCCCAUCACUGAAGUUGUUUGAAAAUAAGCUUCAUCCAAGUUCAAAAUUUGGUAUUGAGCCGAAGCUUGCUGAGAAGCAGUCACAUGCUUUGCGCAUGUCAUUAAGGUCAUAUAGAAGUGAACCUCAUCGAGGAUCUGAAUUUAACAUUCAUUCGAAAAUUGCUCAACCAAAAUCAGGCUCACCUCCAUCUGUGACGUUUAAUGAGAAUGAUAUUUCUCAUAUUUUUCAAUUGAAUGCUUGUGCAAAGACUGAAACAUUGUUCUCUUCAGUUUCUCAGCAAUCAAAUUCCUCUGAAUUUUUCCAAGAUAAUGACAAGCAGGGUGGUGCAGAUAAUUUUGUUGGGAGUAAAACGAACUGUAUUAAAUCAGAUUCAUCCAAGAAAGAUCAAGGGAUGUUAGUACCUAAAAGCAAAUUACAUCAGUUCAAACCCGACUUAGAGCAUAUAACACGAAGGACCCCACACUCUGAAAUUGGUGCAGAAAGAGAAGGUGAUGCAGUAUCAAAGCAAGAGUCAUAUUGCAGGUACAAAAAAUCCCAAGGUAAUUCUAAUAAACAAAUUGCUGAAAAUAAAUCUGUUAGAGGACAUCAAUAUCAUGGAGAGGAAAUGGACACUAAAGAAGGAGAAAGUUCAAUAGAAAAGAAAGUGUUUCAGCACAAAGAUAACAGUUAUGUUCCAAAAGUUCCUUGUUAUAAGUCUGGGAUUGUACCAAUGACAUGCAGAGAAGAACAAGAUGUCAUGAACCAUUAUAGGGUUGUGGAUCAAGACAUAAAUAAAGAUAGCAGGAAGCAUUCAGGAGAGAAGGCUACUGUGUGUAUUGAUGAUAUACAUACAUUAUUUGAUGAAGAAAACAGUUAUGGAAACAAUGAUUAUGAAAAGUCAGUCCCUGUAAUAGGUGAUACAAAUGCUGGGAUCAGUGUUCAUGAUAUUAGUGAUAGUUCUGAAGACAAUGAUGAUAUUGAAAUUGUUCAUUGUGUUUCUAAGUCAAAUAUAGGUACAAGAGAUUAUUCUGUUCAACAAAAAGAACUGAAUUAUACAGACAAACCUACGAGGAACAAUAAGUUUGAAACUGCAGAUCGAAAGUCUUCAAAGAAAUAUAAUGGGUGUGUCAUUCCAAAUAGUUCAGGUAACUUGAUAGAUGAACUGAAACGUGAUGCACAGCAGCCUUAUUACAGAAGCAGUAAAGCAUAUGAUGAUAUUGUUACGAAUGGGUUUUGUGUUCAGGCUUCCACUUCUGUGACACCCUUAUGUCUCAAAAUGCAUCAUCAAACUCCAACCCCUACACCUCAGGUGUUACCAAAUGGUGUUUAUGAUUUGAGUUGUAAUACAGUAAUUCAAAGCAUAGGUACGCCAUCCUCUUUGUCCUCAGUAUGUAGUUUUGAAUUGCCACGGAAGAGAUUAGCCUCUCCAGUUCAUAGUUUUAAAGUUCCUCAUGGAAAAUCACAGAAUGUUGCAUCUCCAUAUCCAUCUUCAUCAGAUGUUCUCUCUGCAUCAAGUUUAGUUGAUGCAGGCAGUAGUUCCACGCUACCUGACAAGAAAGGUGGUCAUGAGCAUGAAGAAAGUGUGUGGAAACCAGCGAUUUCAAGUUCUAGCACUAAUAACUUUGUGGCCUACAGUCAUAAGAAUAUCAUUAGUGUAGAUUGUAACUCUCAAGAGAAGUCUUUUGAACCUGAUAAUCAAGAGAAUUUGGUGCCAUUGAAAGUGAUCCCACAACUGACAUCAGUACAUGACACUGCAUUGGGAACACUGGGAAUUUCACAUAAUUUGCAGGAUGAUAAAGAAAUAUUCCAGAAGGAAGAGAUUUUAACAAAUGUAUCAGAUUCAGAUGGGGAAAAGAAGCAGAAAAGUAUUGCUGAAGACAAGACUGAAACACAAAAAGGUCUCAGGCAUGAGUGGGAAUGUGCAAUAUGCUUGGAAGCAGUAAACAGUAAGCGAGGAAUAUCUGCCACUGUGUGUGGUCAUGUAUAUUGCACUCCCUGUAUUACAGAAGUAGUGUGCAAGAGGAAGGAGUGUCCAACUUGUCGGAAAGCUCUUGCUAGUGCUCAGGUGCAUCCAUUGUAUAUUUUUGGCUGAGGUAAGGUGUCAAAGGACUUUCUGACUUACCAAGAAACUUCUUUCAAGCUUAUAUUAAUAAUGAUCACUUUUUGUAAUUGUAGUGUAAGAGCCUUGAAUGUAGACCAUACGGCUUUAAAAUCAUGUGUCAGUCUAGUGAUUGAUGAUCUGCUGGAUACAUUAAUCAGAAUUUAACCUGUAAAGUUAUUGAGGUUUUCUCAGGGACUUUUCAUCAGUGAGAGGGCUUCUGUGAUCCUCUUUCUUAUGAUUUUCAGCAUCCAGCAUUUCUGGGGAUGUAAGAAACUCCCUAAUUCUUUCCUUUAAUAUAAUCCUUAACUAUAGGCUGAAAUUUAGCAUCUUUUUUUGAUAUAUACCCAUAUUUUUUAAACAGGCUGUGGGCAUGUGUGGCUUCUGCUCCUCUUUGGUUCUCAUUGUAUGAUACGUAACCUGAGCAGGUGUCACAUCAUUGUUAAAUAAAUUAAUAUAGUGAGAUUAAUGAAAUGUGAUGUUUUUGCAAGGGAAGAAAUGGCUUAAUUAUAUUAAGGGCAGAAUUUUAUACUGAAGCCUCCCUCCUCUGCCUCCAGAAAGAAGGUGCCACCAGCGUUAAAUGUCAGAGAGGAUGGAUUCUUGUUUGAAAGAAGUUAGCUUUCAGAAUACCAAACUAUGCAGUGUUCAUCUUGCUGUAUAACUUUUUUUGAUUUGAAUUCAUGUUCAGUAUAUCCAUUUUAGAAAAGUGAACAGAAAAUAACGAAAAUUGGAAACUUCAGAUAAAAUAAAAUAUGCGUGCAUAA